AUGGCCCCGGGGCUUCAGGCCGACCCGGGGGCGACGCCCUUGGGUCAGUCAUCAGGAGGCUUCAAUGUACCGCGGGCGCGGAGGAGCGGCACAGGCAAGCGCAGCCUGAGCUCCCUGUCAGAGGCCGCCACCAAGGGUCCGGUCCGCUUUGCGCCGACCAAGGCCCUCAAGACCGGGGCGCGUGUGACGCCGCAUUCGGCGCUGCAGCCCCCGACCGAAGGGGACCAGGCCCUCGAGGCGGAGGCCGCAAAGCUUCGAGAGGCGAUGGCUCGGGGGGCCCAAGCGGCCCAGCAGACCCGAGCGCAGGAGCAUGGGGAUGACGCUGGUCAGAGUGGCGCUGCGGCGGCCACUUGGGCCGACGUCGAGGAGGAGACCGGCCAGGGUGGCGCGGGGAGCGCCGCUCGGCCGGAUGUCAUGGAUGGGGCCGGCCAAGGCGGCGCGGGUGGCGCCGCUCAGCCGAAAGCAGGAGAUGGAGGAUCUAGCGGGGAUGUGCAGGAGCAUCCCGCCAGCCGAGAAGAAGAGACCCCCGCCCCCGAGCCCCCGAGGGCUGGGGUCGAGGGUGCUACCGCAGCACCGACGGCGCCAACGGCAUCGGUGGCAGAACAGAUCCUUGUCCCAGAGCCCGCAAGGGCCGGGGACGAGGGUGCCGCUGCGGCGGCGACAGGGCGAAUGGCGCAAGAGAACGUGGUGCUGGUGGUGGAGCUGCCGCUGAGCGAGGAGUACGGGGAGUCGGAAGAUAUCGACCCGGUUGCCGCGGCUAGCGCCGCCGCCCGUAUUGCCGAGUUCGUCUCGGCCUCCGACGAUGUCCUCGGUGCGGGUAUGUCCGAGGGUGCCGAUCAUGGGGCGAGCUAUGCUAUCGUCUACGUCGGGGCACCCUCGAAUUUCGCCCGCAUCGAGCGGGAAGAAGACGACGCCUGGCGAGCGCAUAUUGUCCCCCCGGAUUUCACCCACGCCGAGCGGGUAGAGGGUGACGCCUGGCGUGCACAUAUGGCCAUUGGGGCCCAGAUCGAGGAGGACCUCUCUCGGGCUCUGAAUCUCCUUUCUCGAACGCAUCGUGAUGUCAACAGUCUCACGUUUCUUCAUCUACAGCAGCUGCGGUCCAUGUCGCGGGACAAGAGCGACAGGCUGACGUGGGUGUACGCCAGGGUGCAUUGGCUCGAUCGCGAGCGCGACACGCAGCGAGCCACAGCUGACCAGAAGGUCCAGGAGGCCGAGCUACGGCAAGCUAGAGCGGCGCUUGAGCAGAAGGACCAGGCCCUCGAGGCGAAAGAGGCCGAGCUCCAGCGCGAGAAAGCGGCCAUCAACACGCUCACCGCGGCCCUUGAGGAGAAGGACAUAGCCCUCAAGGAGAAGGAGGGGGCCGUUCAGAAUGCAGAGGCCGCCCUCAAGGAUAAGGAGGCCUCCUUGUCCACGCUCCAGGAAGCUGCACGGGCCCAGCUAGAGGAGGCACGAGGGUCUAUCGCGGCUACUUAUCUUCGUUCCCUCAUUCAGAGCUGA